GGCAGUGUUGGUCUCCAACGUCGACGAGCAUACCCAGGAUGGCCAGCAGACAUGCGCAAGCAUCCUCUUCGUCGUCCUCGCACGAUACCAAGAGGACGAGCAAGGAUGAGCCGCUGGGACAGGACCAGUCGAGCACCGACGAGCACCUCGAACUGCUGACGGAGCACUUUGGAUUCAACCCAAAGUCAUUCAUCGACUCGCUCGUUUACGUCUCGAACGAACAUCUGUACAUCAUGGGCGAAAAGUUUCACGAGCUUGUCAAAGCACAGCUCAAGAAGCGACCCAAUGGCGAUGCCGAAGCUGAACAGGGAGUCCAUGCGAUUCUCACCCUGUUCGAGAACGCGCUGGACCACACCUUUGACACGCUCGAGCUGUACUGCCUCAAGAGCGUGUUUGGGAUCACGUCGAGGCAGGCCAGAUACAUCACUUUGGAGCAUCAUCGCGGUCUUGACCUCCGUCUGGCCGAGGAGAAGACAAAGGGCAAAGGGUCGUCGUCGAAAUUGAGCGCAAAGGAAGAGAGCGAGGCACUGAGUGAGCGGCAGAAUGAGCUUGAGAGAAAAAUCAGCGCAGCCCGGGCAGUCCGACAUUCAUUAGCACUGGCCAACGCUGCGGCGGACCAGCGACUGGCCAGAAUCAGCAAAGUUGUCGAUCGCUUCUCGUUUCUCGUCGGCGACGAAGGUGCAGCGGAUGUCGAGACACCGUUGGCAUCCACGCUUCCUCUGGCUGCGCGCAAGCUGCGAACAGACACGUCUGCGCUCCUCAAGGCGUUGCAUGAGCUUCGCGCGACGGACCCGCUUGGCGCCAGUCUAAAUCCGCUCCAGGGAGGCCGAGAGAGCGCAGGCGAGACUACCGAGGCAUGGGAGAAGGGCAGAGAGGGUUACCUGGCGUGGGAGACAGGGCGCAUCUUGGCAAAGGAGAAGAAGGAGGGAAAUAGCACCGGCGACGCGACACCACCGGCCCAACGUGCUGAGGGCAAGAAGCGCAAACAGUCGAGCGAGGUCGGAGGUCGCGCUUCAAAGAGGACCGCGGAUGACGGCAAUGAUGGCAGCGACGACCAAGAAACUACACAGGUCAACGAAGCUGUGGGAGACGCAGACCAGAUGGAGGCGCUUAGUGCUGCACUGCAAUGAGACACCCCAUCUGCGCGGCACGCUGCGGGGUCAAUCCACAAAUGUAAUCUACCCUUGAUACCCGCCAUUUCGAGGAAAUGGACCCAUUCUUCUUUACCCGACAUGCCGGGUCAGCCAGUCCGACAGACAUGUGUGCGCCUGAGUAGAGAGGAGAGGUGGCUUCCAGCCAGUGAUGUCUAUGAUGAACAGACACGCCCCAUCAUCAGCAUGAGCCUCGUCCUUCUCCGCACGCUCGAGACCGGAUGCUAAAUGCACAAGUAACGAUUAAUUUAAAGAUUGCAGCAACAGAUCUGAUGUACAGUAGUCUCGAAGGCUAAAGCGAGCAGACCC